CCGACUUCCACUAACCAGUCAGUGACACCUCGACCACAACAGCCUUUGCAAGAAAGGCCGCGACAGUUCGUCUGCGCCAGAGCUUCGCCAUGGAUCCGUCCAUUGCCGUGUCAGUCUUCUGGCUGGUGCUCUCCCUGCUGCGGCAGGCCCUGCACCUCUGCAUCAACAUCGCCGGGUACCUGAUCAGGAUCAUCCUGACCGUCCUGCCGACCAUCAUCCAUGGGUUGGCCAGCCUCGUGUGGGAGCUCACGGUGGAGGCCUGCCGUCAACUCGGGUGGAAGAUGACCACGGCCAUCAUGCUCAUGGGCAUCGGGGCUAUCGUCAUCGGAGGGUUCGCGUUGCACUGGUGCGCCGCGGCCCUGGCGUCCACUCGUCGGGCCCGACCUGUACCUGCGCCCCGGCCGUACCGUCGUCAUGUGAUUGGGGGGGAUGUAUGGGUCCGCAAGGCUGCACGGCCGCGUCAAAUCGAGAAUGAGAACCGACAAGACGAUGCAGAGGGGGAUGCCACCUGUGAGCGCGCGGCACAGACACGGUGUUGUUGUUGUGAUUCUGUCUGUGUGCGUGUGUGUGUGUGUGUGUGCGUUGUGGGUCUGCUCCUUAUUGCAGGUGGCAUAUGUGCUUCGAGUAUGAGAGGGUUGAGCGUCCGCCAGUACCCCUGCUGCAUGAGCAAGGUCCGUUCUGUGAACAAAAGCAAGAAAAGUUAUCCAUCCAUCCAUCCGUCGAGGUGUGCAUGUGUCACAGGUGUGCACGUCGUGUUACAAGACAUGGCGGGUGGAGAGGGGUACGUGCCCCUACUGCAAUGUCGACCUGGACCAGCUGGAGCGCAAGGCCAAACUGAUGGAACGCAUGGCGCUGCAUGGCGACGCCAUCCGGAGGGCCCGCCGCACAUGCCUCUGAAAGAGACACAGGGGGGAGGGGAUGUCCUCAUUCCUUUGGGUGUGCUAGUUGGUGUUGUGUUGUUUGUGGGUGGAUAGCAUUUGCUGGCUUCUUGCCCUCGCUUUGCUGAUGACAUUUGCUCUUUUGCCGUUUCUCGCGCAAGGCGACUGGCUUAUUUGAUGGACGAAAGCCUCUGUUCAAUGGCCGUGAAUGUGAUGUAUGUUGUACAACCAAUAUUGAAGAUUCA